CAUUUAACAACAAAAAAGAAGAAGAAGAAAAAGCCGAACUUCAAAAUAAAGAAGAAGAACGUGAGUGGAAAGUGAGCACAUGUCCUUACUUUGAGUCCUCUUUCUGAUUAAAAGUUUUUAUUCUCUUGAUAUGGCAGCGUUUCGUGGUGAUGUGGUCGUAUUUUGAGACUCCACAGACCGGGUUCUAGUCAGCCUGUUGUCUUCAUCCCAGUAUUGUUCAGUUAGCUGUAGCGUUAGCAGACAUCAUCCUCUGAAACUUUAAUAAAUGUCAGACACUCUUUUCCUGCUGAGCGUGACUUUCUUAACCCCACGGUGUUGUGAUUGUGUUGUGUUGUUGUGAACUAUACAUGGACAUGAAUCUUGUCCACAUGUCAGUCAAACAGAGCUGCUGGAGGAAGUAAAGGUGUUCACCGCAGGUGUAAAGGGAGCUAACAACUCUAUAAACUGAUGUUUCAAUGAAAAUUACCACCCUGCUCUCACGGCAACAACCUGUGUGACAAUCUCAAUACCUGCAACAAGCAAGCCUUUGAAACGAUGUGAGCCACUCUGGUUAAUGUUUCGGAUUUCUUCUGUUUCAGGUGUUCACCAUGGGACACACCAACCUGGAUAAGAUUGUUGGUCUUCAGAGAAACCCUGCAAACACCAGAAACAUCUGCAUCCUGGCUCACGUGGAUCAUGGUGAGUUCACCUGCUGACCUGUCAUUGCUGCACUGUUCUCUGACUGUGGGAUUUCUAUUACAUUAAACAUUUACCAUACAAACUUCAUAUUAGACUUCUUCAGAUUAAUUUGCAGCUGUAUCCUUUAGACCAGUGGUUUUCAAGUCCAGUUCUCGAGGCCCACUGUCCUGCAUGUUGUGGAUGUUUCCCUGCUCCAACACACCUGAUUCAAAUCAUCAGCUUGUUAUUAAGUGCUGUAAUGGCUUAACGAGCUUGAAUCAGGUGUGUUGGAGCAGGGAAACAUCCAAAACAUGCAGGACAGUGGGCCUCAAGGACUGGACUUGAGAACCACUGCUUAAGUAUGAACACAAAAACCCCAUCAUAAUUCUUCUCUCUGUUUACACAUUUCAAUAUGAAAAGUGUUCAAAAUUAUACCAGAUCAAUGUUGUGUUUAAAAUGUAAUCCCUGCAGUUAUCAUAACUCGAUAUGAUUGAGAACUUUUAGUCUAUUUGUCACCUUCAAGUCAAAAAACCUCCUUCCUACUUAGACCACAGCUGCUGUCAGAUGGCUGAACUCGAACAGAGCUGCCAGAAAUGAUGGUAAUGAAGAGGAGAGAUUACAGGAGUACAGGAUUAUAUCUUUAUGGACAGAAUUUCUAGGCACAGCCGGGGGGUGGAGGGUGUCCAGUUCGGCAGGCAGAGGAUCACGUCGCUACUUUUUGCAGUUGAUGCGGUUCUUCUAGCUUCGUUGAGCAGUGACCUUCAGCUCUUGCUGGGGCGGUUCGCGGCCGAGUGUGAAGUGGCUGGGAUGCGAAUCGGCACCUCCAAGCCCGAGGUCAUGGUCCUCAGUUGGAAAAAAGUAGAUUGCUUUCUCCAGGUUGGAGAGGCGGUCCUGCCUCGAGUGGAGGAGUUCAAGUAUCUCAGGAUCUUGUUCACGACAGAUGGAUUGGAGCGGCGUCAGCAGUGAUGCGGAUGCUCAACCAAUCAGUCGUGGUGAAGAAAGAGCUGAGCCGUAAGGCGAGACUCUCGAUUUACUGGUCGAUCUACGUGCCGACCCUCACCUAUGGCCAUGAACUUUGGGAAAUGACUGAAAGAACAAGAUCGCGGAUACAAGUGGCUGAAAUGGGUUUCCUUCGCAGGGUGGCCGGGCUCAGCCUUAGAGAUAGGGUAAGGAGCUCGGACACUCAGGAGGCGCUCAGAGUAGAACCGCUGCUCCUCCACGUCAAGAGGAGUCAGCUGAGGUGGCUCGGGCAUCUGGUUAAAAUGCCUUCUGGACGCCUCCUGUUAGAGGUGUUCCAGACAUGUCCCACCAGGAGGAGACCUCGUGGCCGGCCCAGGACCAGGUGGAGGGAUUAUAUCUCACGCCUGGCCUAGGAGCGCCUGGGAAUCCCCCUGGAGGAGCUGGUGGAAGUGGCUGGGGUGAGGGCCAUCUGGGCUUCCCUCCUGAAGCUGCUGCCCCCGCAACCUGGACCCAGAUGACGCGGAAGAAAAUGACGAGUAUUUAAACUGAACGGCUAAUUGACUUUAUUACACAACCAAUGUCAAAAUCAUAUUAAUCAGCACAGCAGUCUGUAUGUGCUCUAAUGAGCACUGAGACAAGUCGUAUCUGUCUUAUCUGGUCUUCUUAACUGAGCAUUUGACUGUCUGAAGUUCAGGGGCUGAGCACCCUUAAAGGUCCGAUCCUAAAAUCACCCCUGAGACUUUUGUUGUGGCUCAGUCCUGGUCAGCGGAGAAGUGGUGACAGUGUGACAUCUUUCAGGUCACAUGACUGACAUUGCCCUGUGAUGUGACUGUUGUUCAAGUGCAUGUAGCUGUUGUUAGAUGAUAUAUCAUUCUGUUCUUUUGUGGAUAGUUGAUAAAUGUUAUGAACUUUGAUUUGCUGGAGCAUCAGGUACAACUUAGUUAGUUUUAUUCUCACUUAUUGACUGAAAAUGUUCAGAUAAAAGCUGAAACUAUGAAAUCAUUAGAAUUAUCUGCAUUUACAGGAAAAACUACUUUGGCUGACUGCUUAGUAGCAAGCAACGGAAUCAUAUCAAGUCGUCUGGCUGGGAAAGUAAGUUUCUUUCAUUUGCUAAAGAGAUCUUUAACAGCCAUGUGGUGUAAAAUUUGUAGUUGUUUAAUCGCCGUUCAAUAGUUUUGAUGACGUGUUUAUCUGUCAGUUAAGGUAUCUGGACAGCAGGGAGGAUGAACAGAUCAGAGGAAUCACCAUGAAGUCCAGCGCUAUCUCUCUUCAUCACAGAAUUGGUAAGGCCUCUUGGCUCGGCCUUGGCAGUACAUGCAUUGAUUCUCUGUCUCUGUGGUAUUCAUAGCCCUCCUGACUAAAAAAGUUGAUGAUCAACUACAGAGAGUUUUAGCUACAAAGUUUUUUACAUGUCAUUCUUCUGUAUGUUAUCAUUAAACACAGUGCUCUUUAAGUUAUUGUUGAAAUACUUUUUUUGGACGUUAGAAAUGUGACAAAGUAGUGGAUAAAUCUAAAUGUUCAAUUCUGACUCUCUUAGAUUCUUGUGAUGUUGAACUGGGCCUGAAAUGAUUGUUAAAUUCAAGUUUAGUUAUCGUCUGCUUUUGAAAACAUGUAUCAGAGCUUAAGUGUAAGCAUGCACCCUCCUUUCUCAGGGGAUCAGGAGUACUUAAUAAAUCUGAUCGACUCUCCUGGCCACGUGGACUUCUCUUCAGAAGUUUCCACUGCUGUCCGGCUGUGUGACGGUGCUAUUGUUGUUGUUGAUGCUGUGGAGGGCGUGUGUCCACAGGUAAGUAUCUCUGUUAAACAAUUUGAUUUAAGAUCAUAUUCAGAGUCACAGUCAACAGAAGAAUUAGCUGUAAACUUUCUCAUGGGUACAUCCCACAGACUCAACUCCUCAUGUUUCUCACAGAUGUGUCACCAUUUAAAAGCUUCAUACACACUAAGUGAAACUGUUUCAUGUAGGAAUUACACACACAUCCCUGUGUCACUGUACUGUAGCAUAAACAUUGCAAAUAUAAACAUAUGAUGUGAUGCUUUGUAUGUGUGUGUAGACCCAGGUUGUUCUUCGCCAGGCAUGGCUGGAGGACAUCAAGCCUGUUCUGGUUAUUAAUAAGAUAGACCGGCUCAUCGGGGAACUGAAGCUCACAUCUCAGGAAGCUUACAGCCACCUACAAAAGAUCCUGGAGCAGGUGAGCUCUCACAGGUCACAGUUUUAUUGCUGGUCCUCCAAAGCUGUCGACUCUUUGCUGUGUAGUUAUUAGGAGUGAGUCAAAAGAGCUGUUGUGCUACAGCUCUGUGUUAGUGUAAAUGUUUGUCCUCGUAGGUAAAUGCGGUGACAGGGACUUUGUUCACAUCAAGAGUGCUGGAGGAGCGAGCAGAGAAAGAGAAAGGGGAGGAUCAGCAGCAGAAGAGCGAGACGUUGAGCGGCGAACAGCUCUAUGAUUGGAGCGCUGGAUUGGAGGAAGCUGAUGACUCUCAUCUCUACUUUUCACCUGACCAAGGAAACGUGGUCUUUGCCAGCGCCAUAGAUGGAUGGGGCUUCAGGUGAGUCUAGUUUCUUCCUAAAGCGGGUGAAGAACAUCAGUGGUACAUGUCAGGACUGUUGAGGAAAAGAUGAUAAACUUUAUUUUUAAUGCAGAUUUAACGGCAAUGUUAGCUUUAUCAAGCAUUUAUGAAAGGAGCUAUAUGAAGGUGACACCUGGUGUCUAAAACAGGUACUGCAGUCUGAUUUCAUAAGAUUUGGGUGAGCUGUUACCCCGGUCCCCUCCACCCUAAAAUCCAAGCAGGCUACUUUUGCUAUCACCAAAAAGGUGAUUCUUGUAAACUUGACAGUCAAAUGAACAGUAAAGAUCAAUCAGAGGUCAAAUCUCCUCAAAAAAUCACUUCACAAUAGAAAAAUGGACUUUGACCUUCCUUAAAUACUGGAUAAUAAAUAGUUAUAAUCUUAGAUUUUACAAGCCAAUAAUCAAUAAUUAUUUUGUAUGCCCCAUUAUUGUUUAUGUUUUCUUGUUUUUGAAGCUAUCAAAAAAGCUAAUUCAAAGAUGCUAACAGUGUUUCUGUUUUGUAGCAUCCAGCAAUUUGCCCACAUGUACAGCCAGAGGAUGGGUAUCAAGGCCGAGGUGCUGCUCAAAACCCUGUGGGGAGACUUCUACCUGAACGCCAAAGCAAAGAGGAUCAUGAGAGGAGCUCAGGUGAGUCACAAAGAGGAUUUCAAGUUUUCUAUUAUUCUCAACAAAGUUAGUUACCACAGUUACUGAAGGGCUCAGGAGGUAGAGCAGUUGUCCAACAGCUGGAAGGUUGGCGGUUCGAUUUCCCCCUAUCCCUAGUCUGUCCUUGGGCAAGACACUUAACCUGUAUUGCUCCUCCACUGGUGUGUGAUUGUGAGUGUUGUGUGGUGGUAGUCAGAGAAGCCAUAGGCACCAAUUGGCAGUCACGCUCAGCUUUAAUGUGGAAACUGUGCUGUGUGAGGCAAACUAGUACAUCUGUGAUUCAACAUCUAUACGCCUGUGUACCUGCCUCUGUCUCCACCAGUGAGGGCUGUUAGGCAGAAUAACUUCAUAUUUUAUACACAGUCAGCCAAUACAACAGAAAGAGACUGAAGUGUGGUUCUCACUUUAUCUAAAGAUGAAACUUGGUUCAGUUGUGAUAUCGCCUUGAUUCUCUCUCUCUUUGUUGCAGGCUAAAGGAAAGAAGCCACUGUUUGUGCAGCUUGUGCUGGACAACAUCUGGAGUUUAUAUGAUGCAGUUGUUGUUAGAAGGUGAGUUUUAUGUAGUUUCCCAUUUUAAGUUCACAGACAAUGUUGUUUUUAUUUAUUUUUUCCUAAUGUAGUUCGAUAGGGUUGAUAUAUUUAAAGGUUUAUGAGGAGGAGAUAGGGAGCAGUCCAAUGUAGACCUUUUUUUUAAUUUUGUCAUUUAAUCUCAGAUUUUAAGUUGUGUUCUUUGUGUUUAUCCUCAUGUUAUUGAUCAAUGAACUGUGUUUCUAUCUCUCUUUCGCUGUCUUCUGACCUCUCAAAGAUCUUUGACAUCACAUUCACAGAUUCAGUCAUUGGUGGUAGAGGCUGUUAGAGAGUCCAUCAGAUUUUGUAAUCCUAUUCACACAGCCAGCAAGGGUUUAAAUAAAUAGCCAGAAUACAAAAGGUUCAGAUCAGGAUAUACAGUGCCUUGAAAAAGUAUUCAUACCUCUUGAACUUUUUACAUUUUGCCACUCUACAACCACAAACAUAAAAGUAUUUUAUUGAGAUUUUUUGUCAUAGACCAACACAAAGUAGCAAAUAAUUGUGAAGUGAAACAAAAAUGAUACAUGGUUUUCAAAAAUUCAAACAAAUAAAAAUCUGAAAAGUGUGGUGUGCAUUUGUAUUCAGCCCCCCUGUACUCUGAUACCCCUAAAUAAAAUGCAGUGCAAUCAGUUGCCUUCAGAAGUCAGCUAAUUAGUUAAUAGAGUCCACCUGUGUGUAAUUUAGUAUCAGCAUAAAUAUAACUGUUAUGUGAAGGCCUCAGUGCUUUGUUGGAGCACAGCAUGAGGCUGCCACCACCAUGUUUCACAGUGGGGAUGGUGUGUUCAGGGUGAUGAGCAGUGUUACUUUUCCGCCACACAUAGCACAUUGCAUUCAGGCCAAAAUGUUUAACAUUGGUCUCAUCUGACCAGAGCACCGUCUUCCACAUGUUUGCUGUGUCCCCUAUAUGACUUGUGACAAACUGCAAACGGGACUUUUUAUGUCUUUCUGUCAACAAUGGCUUUCUUCUUGCCACUCGUCUAUAAAGGCCAGAUUUGUGAAGUACACAACUUAUAGUUGUCCUGUGGACAGCUUCUCCCACCUGAGCUGUGGAUUUCUGCAGCUCCUCCAGAGUGACCAUGGGCCUCUUGGCUGCUUCUCUCACCAGUGCUCUCCUUGCUCGGUCUGUCAGUUUAGGUGGACGGCCAUGUCUUGGUAGGUUAGAAGUUCUUGGAUGAUGGAUUGAACAGUGCUCCUUGAGAUGUUCAAAGCUUUGGAUAUUUGUUUUAUAACCUAAACCUGCUUUAAACUCCACAACUUUUUCCCUGACCUGUCUGCUGAGUUCCUUGGUCUUCAUGAUGCUCUUUGUUGACUAGUGUUCUCUAACAAAGCACUGAGGCCUUCACACAACAGUUGUAUUUAUGCUGAUACUAAAUUACACACAGGUGGACUCUAUUAACUAAUUAGCUGACUUCUGAAGGCAGUUGAUUACACUGCAUUUUAUUUAGGGGUAUCAAAGUACAGGGGGCUGAAUACAAAUGCACACCACACCUUUCAGAUUUUUGUUUGUUUACAUUUUUGAAAACCAUGUAUCAUUUUUGUUCCACUUGACAAUUAUGUGCUACUUUGUGUUGGUCUAUGACAAAAAAUCUCAAUAAAAUACUUUUAAGUUUGUGGUUGUAGAGUGACAAAAUGUGAAAAAGUUCAAGGGGUAUGAAUACUUUUUUUAAGGCACUGUAUAUAUUUUCCCACAGCCUCUGUGUGAAAGUGUUCAUUUAUUCUUUGUAUGCCAUCAGAGACAAGGAGAAGGUGGAGAGAGUGGUGAAGUCACUGGGAAUAACGGUGAUGGCAAGAGACUCUCGUCACUCUGACCCCAAAGUUCUGCUAUCAGCAAUCUGCACCCAGUGGUUACCGGUGUCCCCGUCUGUCCUGUGUAUCCUUUAUCUCUCAUCUGUAUUUCAAACAAACCAUGACUGUGUACUACAGCAUAUGUAAAGGAUAUUUUUGGAAGUUCUGGAGUUUGGUAUCUUUAAAUCAGAAUGCAGCUAUGGUGUGUGAGAAGCUUCCCAGCCCCCUGGACAUGGUGGCAGAGAAGGUGGAGAAACUGAUGAGUGUUGGUGCACGAAGGUUUGAAUCCAUGCCCCAACAGACACAGGAGCUGAAGAGAGGUUAGUACACACAAGUGCAAACUGAUUUUAGGAUUACUUCCAUCAGUUUCUGGUGAACAUAUAACUUGUUAUCAAUUUAUGGGAAAAUUUUGCAAACAUACAUGUUCAUACAAGAGUGCCUCUACCCCUCACAAGCAUCCAAACUUAUAGCUUCCAAAAGAUACAAAAACACAGGAGUUCAUACAUUUUUAAAACCUGUAUCACUUAGCAUUGAUGGAACCUUCCCAGGUAAAAGUUUUUAAAAGAAAAGCUGAACUUAAUUUGAUUGGAAAAAAGUUUCAGAACAUAAGAUAUCAAAUCACUGUUCCUAUUUCCUGUUAGAUGUAAAAUAUCUCUGAGGGUUAGACUCAGACGGUUUUGACUCAGAGGGUUAAUCUCAUCUCAAAUAAUGACAUUAUCAGGACCGUAUAUAUGUCAAUGCACUGAUUUGAUUGCCAGAUUAACAAAGCAACUGAAACCUGACCUCGCUUUUUAAAAUCAGUUUAAGUUUGAUCUGCUUUUGUUUUCGUUAAUCUCUGUUUUGGUAUUUCCAGCGUUUCUACAGUGCUCAAGUGAGGACGACGCUCCUGUCAUUGUCUUUGUGUCAAAGAUGUUUGCUGUCGACACCAAGGCAUUACCGCAGAACAGGCAGAGGUCAGUGUGUGUGUGUGUUUGUGUGUGUAUGUGUGUAUGUGGGGGAUCAGACUGAACUCCAUCCUGUAAGAGCAGACCCACUCCCAUCCCAUCUUCAACCACAUGAGUGAAACACUUUAUUGCAUUUAUCAAGUUAUAGUAGAGAGGAAGAACUUCCUUUAACAGGCAGAAACCUCAAGUAGAACCAGACUGAUGUUAGACAGUCAUCUGCUGAGACUGAGCUGGGUUUAGAGAGGAGAGAGAGGGAGAUGGACAGAGGAGAGACCACCCCAAUGUUCUUAUUUUAGCUGAAAUCAGCUGUUAGCAGGAGGUCUGAUGAGAGUUUGAUCUGUGUUUUUGUCCUCAUGUGUUUAGGCCCUUGACUCAGGAGGAACUUGCUCAGCGUAGGGAGCUAGCGAGACAGAGACAUGCUGACAGGAUGGUAAAUAACUCAGCAUCAACAGAAACUCACUCAGCAACUAAACCAGAGGGAAGCCAAGGUGUGGGGCUCAGUCCAGGUAAGCUCAUGUCUCAUCCUUUAUCUUUCUCUGAGUUUAGAUUGAACUCUAAAUUAAAAAGCAAACAGCAACUUUUAUCCAGUGUCGAGGAGACAACAGAAACACUUUGUGUCCGUCUUGUUUGUCUCUGUAAGCUGAGACGGUGAAUCUGACGAUGCAAGACCCAAACCCAGAGGUGGAAGAUGAGCAGAAGGAGACCUUUGUAGCGUUUGCACGGGUCUACAGUGGAACAGUCAGGAAAGGACAGAGAGUGUUUGUUCUUGGACCAAAAUAUGACCCCGCCCAGGGCCUCAGCAUGGUGAGACUGUGUUGAUUUUUCAACCUUUUUUAACCCUUGAAUCUUUGUAAGGUAAUAAUAAAUACUACUAAUAAUAAAUAAUAAUAAAAACUUGAUUAACAAUAAUGAUAAUAACUUUAUUUAUACAUCACUGAACUGGUUUACAGUACAGGAAAUCCCGGCCUAGAAAUACAGUCACUGAUGGUCAUUACAGUGACUAACAUGAUGCAGACACUUGCAAACUUCUCUUCCCUGUGCUGAUAAAACGGAAACCUGAAGUCAGUUAUAUCAUCCAAACAGACAGAAACUUUGCUUGUUCCCUGUCUUGUAUCUGCCAGCUGCCAGAGGGUUGCACUGCUUCAGACUGUGAGCUGGAGGUGCCUCACCUAUCCUGUUGUUCAGUGGAAAGCCUCUACCUGCUGAUGGGCAGAGAGCUGGAGGAGCUAGAAGAGGUACCAGCAGGAAAUGUCCUGGGUAAAUAUGUCUGACUCUCACUGGUGUAGUACUGUUUAAGGUCCCUGACCUGAGCUGCUGUCAUGUUGCUCUGGCCUGGUGCAGUUGAUAUCUGUAAUUAAGGAUUUGUGGAAGACCCCCGCUCAGAAGACUCUUCUGUUAAACUAAUGUUGUACUAAAUCAGUGGUCCUCAAGUCCAGUCCUCGAGGCCCACUGUCCUGCUCCAACACACCUGAUUCAAAUGAUCAGCUCAUUAUUAAGCCAGUACAGAGCUUGAUAACGAGCUAAUCAUUUGAAUCAGGUGUGUUGGAGCAGGAAAACAUCCAAAACAUGCAGGACAGUGGGCCUCGAGGACUGGACUUGAGAACCACUGUACUAAAUAAUCCAAAUGAAUAAUCCAACAUGUUUCUGUCCUGCAUACCUCACUUUUGAAACGUGGGACCCUCGUGUUUGACUCUAACUAGGAUCAUUGAUUCUCUGCAUCUGAUCUUUGUCAUGCUCAGGUUAAGUAGUUUUUCAGACGUGAACAGUCUUUUCUCUGACAGCCACAAACAUUCUUGGUUCAGUAAAAACAUUAAAAUCAUAGAAAUAACCUUAAAGGACCAUUGUUGUUAUAAUUAGCUUUCACCAUAGACUGUAUAUAAAAUGGAUGCCGUCUGCCUCUUUGGUAAGUGAAGCCACCCAGAGAAAAGCACCCUCUGGUGACAGGCUGCGGUACAGGUCAUAAAUCCUGCCUCCUCCAGCAAUCUCUAUGAAGCUGUGGACAAACUUUAGAGAUUUAUUACACAGAAUAUACAUUUUCUCCCCACUGGUUUGUGCCCAAGUCCUCUUUUUUUCUGUGAAGCUCAAUUAUUAAAAGUUAUUAGGGGGUUCAUGUUUUCUAUGAUUGACACUGGAUACAGCUUAUGGGCGCUCAAAGUUAACAUAGCUCACCCGGGGGAUACACUUUUUUUAAGCUGAGGGUCAUCACAGCGACUCUUCCACCGAAUGAGUACAAUGCUACUGCACAAGUGGUGGUUCCAGGGAGUGGAGAAAAUCCCAGAAAUACUGAGAGCAAUUCAGCUUCAAAUUCGUUUAAUGACGAAAGGCGGAACCAAGUUGUCCAUAGUAUCAGCAGUCUAUGGCUUUUACCUUUUGAGGUGCAGCUUUAGGAAAGCUUCUUCAUUAUUUCAUUUUUGGACAGAAACUCGGAUUUAAAAUCCAGUGAUGAAACUUCAAUUGGAUCUUAUGUUUUCAACUUUUUAUGAUCAAAAACUUGAUCAAUACAAAUUGUUUCUCAGCUCCUUGUUAUUAAAACACACUUUGUUUCUACUAGUUUGUCCUUCCUGAGCCCCCGUAGAGAAACAUCAUGUCAUUCUUAUUAAAUCUCUGUAUAUUUAAGUGUUUUUGCCUCCAAAAUUUGGUUUUGAAUAGUCAUUGAAACUCAGACAGAGGUAAUGAUAGUGACAUUUAUGUGCAGAUUUUCACAUAAAUGUCACUGAUACUAAAAAACUUCUUCAGAUUCAUGCACGCUGCAGAACCUCUGAUUUGAUCAUAAACGUUUAGUGUUAGCACGCCCACGAUUGCCACUAAUCAGCAUAAAUCUCCACCCAUGAAUAGCCGAGGAACACCAUAUAAGGAGGUGUGGACAUGUACUUCCUGUGGAGUGAUAAGCGAAAGAGAAUGAAGAGCGAGGAGGAGAAAGAAAAACCUCUUAGAUGAGGAAAAAGAAGAGAUUUCAGGUGUAGUGGAUUAGAUUAAAAAAAGAUGUAUUUUCUCCUGUGAGUGGAAGAGUGACUCUCUCCUUCAGGUCUCUGUUGGUGCUUGUAAAUUUCAUCCAUUCUUCUGUUCUUUACACACACAUGUUCAUGCUCCUGUUUCAUGAAUCAGACCUGCUUUGGUUCACUUCUUCAUUGAGUUUCCUGUAGAAAUUUUAAUUAGAACUACAUGUAACAUUGAAUUCAAAGACGGAUCCAAUCAAAGGUUUCAGUUUCCAUGAUCACAGUUGUUUUAAUCUGUGAAUUAAGUUGUUCUGUUGUGAAGAGUUCUGACUAAGCCGAGGGAAAACUGACAUCUCUACAUUUGAUGGUAAACUUGUGGUUUGAUCGCUAAUAAAACUGCAGAUUUGUUUUAUCGUUGAGAAGUUGUACCCUCUGUCACUCCCAUCCUCUACUUCCAGGUAUUGGAGGUCUGGAGGACUGUGUCCUAAAGUCGGCCACCCUAUCAUCCACCCCUGCCUGUCCACCUUUCACUCCACUCAACUUUCAGGCCACGCCCAUCGUACGGGUCGCCAUUGAACCCAAACAUCCUAGUAGGUCUUUGGAGCCACACACAGCUUUCACCGUGUCUGAGUUUACUUUUAAUGCAUGAAUUUAUCAAACACAACUAUGUGUGUAUUUGUAAGUGUCUGUUAGAAGCUACACAUGAGGUUGAUGUACAGAGUUUCCCCACUGUUUCCUCCCGUCCUAGACCCAGACUUACCUUUGCUCAAAGUCUGUUCCUCUGCCACCAACAGUAGUGCCACUGCGCUGCCUUUUCCAGCCACUUCUGCUGAUUUCCACCAUCCAGGGGUUUGGAGAGUAGAGGCUCACCUGUUUGUUUUUUCAGCAGCUAAAAAUCUCAGCAGACAUUGACAGGAACACGAUAAACUCAGGGCUUUACUAUAUUAGCUGAGUUCAUGAUCCAAUCCAGGCGUGAAAAGUUUAGUAUGGUUGUACUCCUGGAAAACAUUUAAGAGCAAAAGCCAAACCUGUUUUUCAGCGAAGAGACUCCAUCUGCUGAAGUUCUCUCUAGGACUUUUAUUUGAUCAGUAAAGCCACCUGCAGAACUCUUUAGUGGAGUCUUUGCUGGACUCUCAUGACCCAUGUAGGCCAUAUGUGAGCCAUGUUUUUACUAUAUAACAUCAGGUUAACAUGAACAUCCUUGUCUGUCCUUCUCUAAAUGAUGAACUCCACCUUUUCUUCUGCUCUGGUUCUGUUCUGCCAGCUGACGUAGUCGGGUCAGUACACUGAUGUCAUUCAUGUUUGUGUGUUCAGGUGAGAUGCCAAAGCUGAUGCAGGGUAUGCGCUUGUUGAACCAAGCAGAUCCCUGCGCCGAGGUUCUGAUCCAGGAAACGGGUGAACAUGUCCUGGUGACCGCUGGUGAAGUGCAUCUCCAACGAUGCCUGGACGACCUCCGGGAUCGGUCAGUGUGUGUGCGUGUGUGCUGCCUCUCCUGAUGUAAACCUGUCUUUGUGUUUUUGAUGAGUAUGCUGCGAUGGUAAAACUUUGACCCUGUUUCAGCUUCAGUAAGAGAUAAAGGCAGUUUGAUGAUGGUGCUCAAGACGUAGACACUGACGAUAAUAGAAAAGAAUAAUAAUGAGUAGUUAGUUCCUAGUUCAAGAUUUUUAAGUGAAUGACAGCUGCAAGAUCAGUUUAAGUUUAUUGUCCUUGAGGGGAAUUCAUAUUCUCAAAAAUCAGUGGCUCAAAAAGCACGAAUCAUCAGACAACACAACUAAACUGAACUAUUGUCUUUUUUUUUUUUUCAGUUUUUUUCUUUCAGUGAACAAAAACAGUUUUGACACUGUGGUUUCAUUUGUUUUUAUGUACAAUAAUCUUCCUUCACAUAUUUCUGAAAUGAAAGUUUUUGAAAGCAAAAGCCGACCUCCUCUGUCUGUGGAGAGAAUCGUCUUCUCUGGAGAUGUUAAUACUGUUAAUUUGGUCAAAUAAAAAAGUUGGUGUCAUCAUGUUGGAAUUAUUAAAUAACAUCAGGUUAUGGAAAAUAAACCGUUUUCUGAAAUCUGCCCUUCUCUGUGGUCAGCUGGUACCUGUGAGUGCAGUUCCCCCUCUUCCUUCUCCUGGUCUUGGUCAUUAUAGAGGUACCAAGCUCAAAAAGAGAAAGCGGGUUAUUCAUCCUCCCUCAUACAUGAUGGUUUCUCUUUCUUCUUUGUGACAUCAGCCUAUUUUUUACACCACAAACUGCAGUAUUUUUGAAAGUGAAAUCCUGAUUUUACUGGCGUAGCUCUAUUCAGUAUUAUUAAUCCACUAUACAAGACAGUGGUACUUUAAACGUACAAGAACGGUUUGUGUUUCAAGGAAAUUAGAUCAAUCUCUAAAGGCCCUGAAGCCACAAACCCCAAACUUCCUCUUCUAUAGAGCUAUUAAUUAUGGAUGAAAUACUGGGUCCAACUGUGUUAAAAAAACACAAAGAUAGAGUCAAGACUACAUGUAGUUGGCUUCAUCUGAAAUAAGAUGUCAGAGAAAACAGACCAGGACACGGCUGCUUGAAUAUCUUCAGAUUUAAGUUUGUGUGUAUAAAUUGUAGUGUGUGUAGGGUAGAGUUAUUACAGGUGUGUGUAAAGAGUUAAUAUACAAAUUUUCUUUGCCUCUCAAAGACCAAUUGUUGUGUUGUAAAGAGGUCGGGUUUGUACAGUUUUUAAGAUAUCCAGUUUGGGGUUUAAAUACUCUGAACUCUUGGACUUGGUCAGUUCCUGUUCGGUUGUGAUUACAGUGCGAUGAGUCUCGGUUACAGACGUUUCUCUCAUCUUUUAACAGGUUUGCCCAAAUCGAGAUCAGCUCCUCCAAGCCCAUCAUUCCCUUCAGAGAAACAGUGGUCCGUCCUCCUAAAGUGGACAUGGUGAAUGAAGACCUGGGCAAGCAGCAGAAAGUAGCGAUAAUUCACCAGGUGAGUCCACCUGUCUGUCCUUUCACUGCAGUCCUUUUCUGUACUAACCCAGCUAGCAUAGAUAAAUGUAAGAAAGCAGUGAUGAUUUGACUGAAGUAGAUGAGUUCAUUUGAAGAGUGUAGCCCAAGUACAGCCUGACCUGUCUGUCACUGACAGAUCUGGAGAGUCCACCGUUGUCCACACAGGGACGGGUUCUGUUCAGUCACACUGAACGACAUUUAUAGAGAACUCUGAGAAAGUCACCAGUGGGUUUCCUCUGUUCUCAGAGUGCUGACAGGGCAUUAUUAAAAAGUGCUGAUAAACAGAUAAACAUGACUGUCACAACUUUGUUGACUUUUGUCGCUGGCUUCAAUUUAAAACAGGCCAUUUUAGAAAACCGACAUAUGUCUCAGUGUUAACACUCACUCUGUUGUCUUUGUGCAAUUUUCUAUCAAGUAUUAGGUUUCAGAUAUUUGAAAAUGAUCACAUCCUGAUUUUAUUUUUCUUGCAGUUUUACAGGGUUCAAAAUGCAGCUUAAUAAUACACUCCUAAGUACAGCCAUUCAUGUGUGUUGCUAGGUCAAGGAGGAGGCCUCUCAGGGUCGAAUGUCUGCUACCUUGCAUGUGGACACCACUGGUCUCGUCACCUUAACUACUCCAAACAGACUGGUAACCAUCUGCGUUCGGGCAGUUCCUCUCCCUCAGGGUAAGACCUGGACUUCAUACUGGAAAGCUUCAGUUCUCUGUAAUGUUUCCAAUCAAACCAAUGUCCCCCUUAAACCCUGCUGGGCCCUGACAUCUUAAAGAGGAUAAAUGAUGAGAGAGAUGGUAGAGAAUAUAGAAGCAGACACUUGGUUUCAUUCUAAGCUGUAAAUCUUCAAACUUCACCUUUUAUACUUGCUGUGGUGGUGUGCCACGAUCAAUUACAUGUAGGGGAAACCCUGCGCUAUGUAAUCAUAGUUAUAAAUGCUCAUGAUUAUAGAGCUUUAUACAGUUGUCAUAACUCAUUAUGAUGCCAGUGUUUAUGAAGAAUUUUAGAUGUACUUGUGUGUAGGUAUGUGCCGAUAUGAAAAAUUUGGUAUCACGAUAUUGGUGGCCCAAAAUAUCACGAUAUUAUCGCGAUAUUAGCGCAUUGCUUUUAACAUUAUUAAAAAUGGCAGAAAAUUGCGAAAUCACUUCUCUGUGCACAGCAUGACAUGCACAAACAAUAUGAGCAAGAGGCAGCUAACGCGACGUUGGGAGCAUUAGCUUUUUGGAGCUUAAGUUAGCGAAAACAUCACUAACAUUGUCAAUAAUAAGCAGUAGAGUAGACCAAACUUUUUGCGUCAUGUUGUUUUUACCUUGAUUUGGGCAAACGAUGCUGGAUGGUGUUCACGGAGGUGGGCACGUAGGUUUGAAGUGUUAGACAACGGCGCUGCAACUUCCUCAAUGCAUAACCUGCAGAUUGGUGUCAGGUUUACCUGCUCCGUCUGUUUUGUGAAGCCGUAAAACGUCCAUACUGCCGACAAAACCUUUUUAAUAGGAGAAUACAGCUUGAGGCCUUUCGUCAUUCUCAGUCUCUGACUGUUCUUGGUCCGGCUGCAUCGUUACGUUGGUUGGAAGUUGGAACGUGUGCGUCAACUUUUUUCUUCUUCUUCAAACUGUUUCUGGUUCACAGAGUGGACAUGCUCCAACACUGUUUUGGGUGGCCGCAAUGCAUUGUGGGUGGUCAUGCAUUUUGUUGUAAAAAUUUCUUCAUUUUCUCUUUUAAUGUUCCCGUUUCUGUCAGGCUGGCAUUAAUGUACUUAAUUUGAGAGUUUGUUUUAGAUUUGGGACUACUUUUGUGGUGGUUUGUUUGUACAUUUUGCUACCGAGGCUUUGACACCGUGGGUAAGACUACAAAGGGUUAGGUUGGUAAGUACUCGGCUUUGCUCACUGAGUGACGCUGCCACUUGUCUUCAAAUUAUAAUUGUGGAACAAUUGUUGCUGUACCCUACGAUUUCAUCAUCACAGCUGUUUAAUAUCACAUAUCGCGAUUAGAUCAUAUAUCAGCACAUCCCUAUUUGUGUGUUGUGUUAUAGUGUGUUUAAAGAGAGAGCGAUACUUUAUUGACAGACUCAAGGUACUAACAGAAACAAACACAACCAUUAAAGGGGCCAUGGCAUGAAAAACUGACUUUUUUAACGGGAGGGGGGGUGCAUAUCAGGGAUAGAAAACCGCUACAAUCCCCCCAAGUUCGAAAAAAUUCCAUCCAGUCGUUUUUUAGUUCUCUCUGUAUUUAGGAACUCCAGGUACUCCAACCCUGCCAAAUAAUUGUUGAUCUCUGGUUAGACACAGUUUCGGGGUCUAAUGCCUUCAAAUAAAUGAUAGGAACCAGCAACUGGAGCACAGGUAGUUUCAUUUUAGACCCUUGGAUCAAACCCAGCCUUCCACAGAGCAGAAGAGAUGAAUGCUAAACUUAUUUUCCCACAUGAUUGAACCUUUUAAAAAAAACAAAGUGUUUGUGUUUUAAGGUGUUUGCUCUAAAAAUCUCUUUUUUCCUCUUUCAGAAGUGACCUGUCUCUUGGAGAGUAGCUCGGAGUUGAUUCGGGCUCUGGAGCACAUAAACAUAGCUCUGAGGGAGGGUAAGAGUCUGGAUAUCAGCCCCAGAACCGUUGAAGCCAUCGCUGGACUAAAGGCCCAGCUAGAAAGCCUGCUGCAAGGGAGGAAGUGGAGGAAUGCUGUGGAGCGUAUCUGGGCCUUUGGGCCUCGCAGGUCUGACUCCAAAUGUUGGGCAUGUACUUGUACAUGUGGAAUAGUACUUUUCCAAGAUUGAUAGAAGGGUCAUGAUAGGGACUUAGAGGGACAAAAUGUUUAAAAAUAACCUUACACGUCUGUCACUGUUGGUAAUAACAUGGAUGUGGUCAACAUGGAGCUUAAAGGUGGGGUAGGCAGGAUCUGAGGAGGUGCCAGUUUUGGGGAGAAAUCUUGAAUGUAAACACUACCCCUCCAAACCAGUUUUCCCCUCAGCUCCUCCUCUUCCCUCCGUCUCUGCUCCAGCAAGCCCCGCCCACAAACAGACGCUCCUGCUCGCUCGUAUCACUCUAAUUAAAUUCAGAUAUAAUGCAGAUAAAUACUUCAGAUAAUUACAGAUGGGGCCCAGUCAACGUGAAAGUAAACAGCAUUGGUGCUACUGUAGAUGCCAACAGACUACCAGCAAACACAAUGUUUGCAGGACUUCUACAACUAGGAUAAAGUGACAUAGUCCAGGACCCGAGGUAAACGGUUUAGUGGCGCUGCAACACGCAACAGGUCCCGUUUGACAAGAAACACUUCUGUUACAGACUCUUGGCUUACUUUGUUAAAGUGGUUUACCUGUCCAGCAGAAAGGUUACAGGGUCCAUAAGCUCCCAAAGUGUCCCUCAUUGUUGUUGACCCGGCUUUUUUAGCUCUUAUCCAGUCAACCUCCUUUUUAAGCGCCCAUUUUUCCACCAGGGUCCCCGGUAUUUACUUUGUUUUCUUGCUUGUGUUGGUAGUCGUAGCUAAAUGAGGAUUCAGACAGUUUUCUGUACUUUCUGGUUGGUUUCUGCUGUCCGGUAUUGUAGCACUCAAACUUUGUUUGAGCAACGUCUGCCCCACAACCAACCAGAUUGGGGGAGGUGGAGGACAGCUUAGUUUACAGUCAGGAAGAGCGAAGCCCUCAAAAGUUUUAAAAUGUUGACUACACAGACAUAACAAAACACAGCGAUAUUGUUAUAUUACCAGUUGUCAUCAAUAACUGAUAGCUAUUGAUUGAUAUUAAAAGCUUUUUUGUAUCUACACCACAAAAUAGAUGCUUCAUUAACAAAUUCCUGCCUACCCCACCUUUACACUUUAUAAAUAGACUGUAUUAUAUCAAUAUUUCAUAAGGAAAGUCUGUCUGUUUAGGUUUUUUAACUGACGUUUAAGCAGCCACUCGUGGUCUUGUGUCAAUUUUAAGUCAAAGUGACUGAGCUGACCAGACUCUACUCAUUGGCCUGGUUGUACACUUCACUGAAAUGUUUACGCUGUUGUGACAAAGAUGUGAUGAAACUGUCUUUUAUGAGAAAAUGGUCUUUUUUAGUUUAUGCCAGACUUCUCCAGGAAACCAAACAAGACAAAAAAAAAAAGCCAGACAGAGAUUCUGGAUUCAGUGUGCAAGCGCACAAAUCUCUCUGUCUGUCUUUGUUACUCCACAACACACCUUUAAAGUCGAUCUUACAGUAAUACAGCAGGUGUAGAGAAUCAAGAUGUUGUAUCUCUAUUUUUUUAAGUGUUGACAGACUGAACAUAACUGCCAAAGUUUGUCUGCAGAGUUGUGUGACAGUGAAAAAAUCACUCUUAUGAGGCUGUACUCUAUGCCAGGGGGUUGUUUGCAUCACAAAUGACUUUAAGUACCAUUUAGGCUAAACUGUGAUUGACCUUGUGACCUUUCCUCGUUUUUCUUCUUUCUUUUAGAUAUGGUCCUAACAUCCUGCUCAACAGUGUGGACAGCUACCAGAGGACCUCAGUUUGGCAGUGUCUGAGCAAGAAAGCUGCUGAUGACAGAGAUCAAGCUGCUUCCAUUCGAGACUUUGAUAACAGCAUCAUCAGCGGUUUCCAGCUAGCGACCCUGUCCGGACCCAUGUGUGAGGAGCCCCUGAUGGGAGUUUGCUUUUCUGUAGAGAGGUGGGACAUUCAGUCUCUAGCCUCACCACAACAUCAGGACUCCGUGGAGGAUGAACCUAUAUCACACGAGGUGUUAGCAGACAGCACAGCGAAAGAAAGCAGCGAGAAACCGCUUCAGGUCCAAGGCACCACAGAAGAGCCAAGCCAGACAAGGGGCAGGCCUGAAGCAGGUCCUGCAGACUGCUAUGGGCCGAUGUCUGGUCAGCUGAUCGCUGCCAUGAAGGAGGCUUGCCGUCAGGCAUUCCAGGCUCAACCUCAGAGACUGAUGGCUGCCAUGUAUACCUGUGAGAUCAUGGCCACAGCUGAGGUGCUGGGUAAGAGACUGACAACAAAACUCUGUGAAUUUUUAAGAUCUGCUAAUAACCUUCUGUAUAAAUCCAUCAGCAGAAGAGGUGUCAUGAUGAAAAGAUCACGUGUGUCUUUCUGUACCAGGUCGUGUAUACGGAGUACUGGGAAAACGAGAGGGCCGUGUCCUCCAUGAAGAGAUGAAGGAAGGAACUGAUGUCUUCAUCAUCAAGGCUAUGCUGCCGGUGGCUGAGAGCUUCGGAUUCGCUGAUGAGAUCCGCAAGAGAACCAGUGGAUUGGCCAGUCCACAGCUGGUCUUCAGCCAUUGGGAGGUGAGUAGAAGCUGAAUACUGUGUGUUUGUGUUGGCUCAGGGAAAAUAGAUCAUGAUCUCAUGAGGUCUGGUCAGAGCCACUAUCCAGGACGAAACAGCAGACAUCCAAGAGUACAUCAGAAAGAGCGCCCAAAUGAUGUAAGCCCAAAUGCUAAGCGAACACCUUCAGGCAGCAGAAACCCGAGAAGCAAGGCCUCACAGGAACAAAGCCGAAGGUCAAGAUCAGUAGGGGGCCAGGAUCUACUGAACCAGACAGGACCCCAGGUGCAGACUGUGCAAAGAUGCCAAUGAGACAGUACAGAACAUCACAGCGGAGUGUUAAGAUGCUGGCAGGUAAGGCGGGAUUAAGAACACCCCCAAAAAGUGAUCAAGAACAACCGAGCCAAGAUCUGGUGGGACAUAGUGAUGGCCGUCUCACUGUUCCAAAAUGUGCAUCUGUGUGGAGAUCUUCCCAUCUUCCUGUCACAACAUUUCUUGUAGUCACAAAAAUGACGUAAGCUAAACAACAGGAAACAAACCGGGGUUUUAGAGAUGAAACCCAUGAUGUUAAACAUCUAAAACUUUUUAUGAUCAGCUGUUCCUUUCCACUUUUCUUUCAUCCAGGUGAUUGCCAGUGAUCCGUACUGGGUUCCCACCACAGAGGAAGAAUACCUGCACUUUGGGGAAAAAGCUGACUCUGUCAACCAGGCCCUGAAAUACAUGAACGACGUCCGUCGCCGUAAAGGCCUAUAUGUGGAAGAGAAGAUCGUAGAGCAUGCAGAAAAGCAAAGAACACUCAGCAAAAACAAGUGAAAUGAAGGAAAAACACAGAGGACUGACAGUCUGUUUAAUCAGGGGGACCGCAUUAUGUGUAUAUACUGGUCUAUGUAUAUAUACAGGUACAUGCUCAUGUAUAAAUAUUGCAUGUGCAGCAUAUUCUAGCCAGUCAGUUGGCCCUUUUGAACCUAAAUAGUGAUUAAAUGAAUUUGGUGGAUUUUCUUGAAUUGGGCACAUUUUUCUGUCUGAAUCUAUUGUUGCUUUUUUAAACUAUUUGAAAGGAUCAUGUUGUUUAUCUGUUUAUUCUAUGAAAUCUGCUGAAUACAUUCUACUACAUUCUGGUACUGUGAUUCAGUGUAUGCUCCGUACCUCAAACAGCCUGAGUAAACUCAGCUAAAAUAGUAUUUAAAUGAUAAUAAACUCAAAUUAAAAAAAUAUAUAUAUGGUGUGAUUUUUUUUUCUUUGAAAUCAUGAGACAGAUUGAAGUUAAGAAAAAUGGAUACUAUAACAGAUAAAACUUUUGGAAGUGUAGUGAUUUGAUGGGUGAGUACACUUUCCAUGUCAAGACGUCCAAACAACGUAAAAGUGUAAAAACAUUGCGCUAUCAUCACUCUUGAUCAGAUCUUGAAAAGACCUCCUGUGCAUCAGUAAAAAGUGAAGGCUUUCUCUUGGGGGUGCAGAUUACUCUGAGCUUCUCUCAGUGACCCUGCUGCUUGUUCACAUUUAUGCUUUAUGAUACUUUGAGGGUCUACCUUCUGAUUCAUCACUAAGUUAGUCAGUGAUUCCCUUUGCCUUUGUCAUCCUCAUAAGAGGCUUUUUAUUUAAUUGUGUCUUAUAUCUCUAAAGUUGAAUAUUAUCAGUCAGUUCUGAAUAUCAGCUUAUAAAUAAUGCGUGAAGCACUAAACUGUGAGUAAUCGUGUAUAUAAAUAUAUUUUAUUACAUUAAGAUAGACUGAUCGGAUUUGAUCAUCAUUUAAACAACAGAAGUCAGACUUCUUUGCAUUGGCUGACCUUAAACAGCUCUUGUUUUAAUCAUUUUAAAGUUGAUUGAUGGGAGGUUGUAAUUUAAUAAGAAGUAGGGGCUGACUAUAAGUUACUGUAUGCAGAGCCGGCCCAAGGCAUAAGCAAACUAAGCGCCUGCUUAGGCCCCCACCGCCCUAUAGCAAUCAAAAGAUAAAUACAAUUUAAUAUUUAUUUUUUACAUUUAUGAGUGAUGCUUUCUGUAUGAUCAAAUAAAGUAAAAACAUUUUAGUGCUGCUGCUGAUGUAGGUCUAUGAUUCUUACUGCUGAUAUGUCAAAGCUCCUCUACCAUUAUGUUCCUUCUGCUGUGCAAUGUGCACUGAGCAUCCAAAGCACAGGUAGUUGUGGGGCAAAACGAUGUCGCAAAAAAAGGACAUAUCCUUCAGGAGCAGAGAAAAGAAAGAGGAAGAAGAGAAAAAAACACCAAGAUAAAGGUAUGUUUGCAUGUCAGGGAAUGUAAUAGAUAUUUGUGAAGGUGUGUGAAUGAUCAACAAUCAAUAUUAUUGACAGAAAUAGAUGGCCCCAAAGUCUAAUUUUGCUUGUGCCCCAUUAAGGCUUGGGUCAGCUCUGACUGCAUGUGAAGUCAAAGUGUGUCAGAGUGAUAAAUGUCACUCAGCUCAUCUUCCUCUCCUCCCUUCACAUUUAUCAUUCAUUUGAUUGAUUUAAAAUAGCCUUGUUGAAUUUGGCUUCAAAUCAGCUGCUGUCAUCCUGACAGUUUGUUGACAAGCAAAUCAACAGGGGCAUAAUUCAAAAAUAAAGUUGGCACAGAGGAUUGUGGGUCAUUCCCUUCUCUCCUUUCCUAAAGGAUAGUCCAGUGUAUCCUAGGCCAAAGGAGAUAAUGAAGGAGGCAGUGAAGCUCCUUUCCUUAUUUGAAGAAUUCAAACAGCUCUUAUCAUGACCCACUCAAAGACUUGUCUUCACUCAAUUCGAAAUAGUCCUUUUCCUAACCAAAAUAGACUCCUCAAAUGGCCCUCUUAUUAUUAUGUACAUUUAUCUCUGAUCUGCAGCGCAGAGGCUAAAAACAGUCAUUCAGAUGCAUUGACCUGCCUCAGAGUCACAAAGAGGGGACCAUGUGGCAAUCAGGGCGGGGCUAAGGGAGUCAGCCUAAAUACCACUGUAGUGACAGACUGGGCCAGGGGAGGAGUUGACCUACUUUAAGCAGGGUGUCUUUAAGGCCACAACAGAGCAAUACAACAGCAAUGACACAACAUGAGCAGUGCCCACUACAUUAACUCUGCCCAUCAGGGAGCAGGUCAGCAGGCAGAUAGGUAGGUAGGUAGGUAGGGAGGUGGGUAGGUAUGUACCAUGGGCUUUUGGCUACAAAACCUUAAUUAAAACCAGGUGCUAUAAAAUCUGUAAUAUUCACAUUUGUAUCAUCCUAUUAUUUGAACAUCUUGGUGAUGAGUCCACAGUCUCUAAAGAUGUCAACUUUAGCUAAAAGGGCUCACUUCUCUGCCCUUGAGUGACAAGUCUGUAAUGCUACUGUUAUGCUACUUUUAAUUGCUCCUUUCAUUAGUCAAAAGUCAGUGGCAGAAUAAUUUUAUCAAAAUUACUCAGCAGAUGACGGGGGUGUGCAGUGACACCUAUGACUCAGUUACAGUAAGAAAUCAUUGGAAGGUGA